ACUUCUCCGCGCGACGCAGAUUCGCACUCCACAUAACGGUACUUACAAGCGAACAGGUGGGAACGGAUAAACAACACUUCCUAUUGCAUGCAGCAGUUUCGGGAACUCCAUAGGCCUAGAAGCUACCUCUCCUUCGCCACAGCGGCCUGGAGUAACGUCCUAUUCGUGGGCUGCCGUCGUCAUCUUCCCAAGAACUGUGUUGGAUUAAAAAUUUGUUAUUGCUCUUGCAAUGGCAUGGGGCCAGGUUAGAUGACAGCAAUUCGAACCCAGCAAAGACGUCUCGCCGACUGAGAAAAGACCGACGCAGGGGUAGGACGAAAAAAACGUGCUGGCCUGCCCCGCUCUGUUGCUAAUCUCCGCGGUUUUUUUUGUGAGGUGAUUGUCCACUUUGGGGACAGUGAAUUACUGUGAUUGACAAGUGACUUGUGCGAUUCGGAUGGUGCUUCAAAUGUCUUGGUGUACUACCAGCUUCGGCAAAGUGGAGGUGGCACAGCCCCAAACAUCCACCGGCUCUAUAAAAGCUCAAAUUGAAAUUAUACCUUGCAAGGUCUGUGGAGACAAAUCAUCUGGAGUACAUUACGGGGUUAUCACGUGUGAAGGCUGCAAGGGUUUCUUUCGGCGGAGUCAGUCCAGUGUGGUGAACUACCAAUGUCCAAGACAGAAAAACUGUGUUGUAGAUAGAGUGAACAGGAAUAGGUGUCAAUACUGCAGGCUACAAAAAUGUCUUGCCCUUGGAAUGUCUAGAGAUGCUGUCAAGUUUGGCCGCAUGUCGAAAAAGCAGCGUGAAAAGGUGGAAGACGAAGUCCGGUUCCACAGAGCGCAGCUAGUCCGUCCCCAAGGCACGGCACCAUCACACUCAACACCUCAACCCACAGAGACUUCACCAGACAGUUCUGUCUUCGAUCACCAGCAGCAACCGUCCUCUUCCAAUCAACAUGUUUCUUACAUCAAUAGCGGGUACAAUUAUAAUGGUGAUUUAAGUACAUUCACCACAAAUGGUUACACAUACGCCCCACAAGCUAUACCAUUUGACUUAAACAGCACAGAUUUUGUGGACAGUACAACUUUUGAUCAACAACAGCAGCUAGAACCCAUUCCCGAUGCCAGUCUUCUCAUAACAGUUGUACCACCACCUACGAAUGCAAAUCAUUUAGAGCUUCUCACAAAGACUCUAACAGAAGCACACAACAGAACAUGUGUUUACACGGCGGAGCAGCUUAACGACAUUAUGAGGAAGCCUCAUGAUGUCACGUCUCUCAUCAUUUUCAAAAAUUUGGAUCAUGAGGCACUGUGGCUAGAUUGUGCGACAAAACUCACAACUAUUAUCCAACAAAUCAUCGAAUUUGCCAAAAUGGUUCCUGGUUUCAUGAAACUUUCUCAAGAUGACCAGAUUUUAUUACUCAAAGCUGGUAGUUUUGAAAUGAGUAUAUUGAGGAUGAGUAGGUAUUAUGAUCCUCUCACUGGUUAUGUAGUGUAUGGGGAAAUGAUGAUUCCAUCGGAUGCUUUCACGACAGGAGACACAUCUGAAAUGAAGCUGGUAAACAAUGCAUUUGAAAUGGCGAAAAGUGUAGCUGACCUCAAACUGACAGACUCGGAGCUGGCAUUAUACUCUGCUUCAGUUUUAUUGUCACCAGACCGUCCUGGAUUGAAAAAUGUUGCAGAUGUGCAAACUCUGAACCAUGCCAUCUUAAAAGCCUUAAAAUAUGAACUCGAUCAGUCACACAAACUACCGUACAAAGGGGACGUGAGAGCGUUCGACAUUCUCAUGGCAAAACUCUCGGACUUGCGAGACCUGAGUUGCCUACACAUGGAGGCGCUAGCCAAGUUAAAGUGCUCUUCGCCCCAUCUCGAUUUCCCAGCACUUCACAAAGAACUCUUCUCCAUUGAAAACAUGUGAUCACUCAUCUCAUCGAACUCAUCGCAGUGCCAGGAUUUAAAUUAUUUAAAGUGGCACCACU